GCCGCCAUGUUGCCCAGCCCAGCUCGGUGCCUCUCUGGGGGCCGCCAUCUUUCUAUGGGGCGCGGCAGGGGCCAGGAAGCUGAGAGUCGCAACUGCCCCGGCUCGGGGGUCCUGCAGGGGAGCAGCCCCCAGAAGCUGCCCCCGCCAUUGCCAUAGCAACCUGAUGCAGCGGCGUGGCAACAGGAUCAUUACCAUGGCAACAGGGCUUCCAGAACACCCCCCCCCCCACCCGCGCAUCCCUAGGGCUGCAGGUGGCCUCUGGUGCACCCCCAUGCGGUGCACCCUCGUGUGCCGCUGCCAGGGCCCCAGGAGGAAGCAAAAGGGGCCAGGAGCCCCCAGUCACCCCUCAUACUCACGCGCACACAGGCACAAACACACGCCUCUGUGCACGCACACGCACAUGCACGCCACAAACACAUGCCUGCGGGUGUAGGCAGAGGCGCAGGCAUGCACACGUGCACACGCACACCCAGGUGGAUGCUCAUGCACAGGUGCGAAGACACACGCACACACACAGACAUGCACACAUGCCCACGCACAGGAAGGAAUGUGCAAGUGCAUGCACAGGUGUUGGCGUGCACACACACAUGCACUCACACCAGGUGCACGCAGGUGUACGCACACUCUCAGGUGUGCUCUCGCACCCUCCCCCUGGUCUAACCUCUCCAGUUCCAGGCCCCCACCCCCUCCCCCACCCGGGCUUCCCGGCAGCCGGCUCCUGCGGGGGCCGCUCCGGAUGGACGGAGCCAUCUGGGCUCCAUCUGCUAAUGGCCCUGGCCCCAUUAGAGCCUCCCAGGGCUUUUAGUCCAGGGGGGGCAGGCGGGCGAGAUGGCAUCGCCCCGGCAGGCAGCGCGCGGUGCCGAGGCCAUUUGCUUUGGGCAGCGACCGGGGCGCACAGGCGGUUCCACGGCCGCGGGACAUGGCCUGCCACCCGCAGGAGAGCGUGGCGCUGACGGCGCUGGAGCAGGCACUGGUCUCCAUCAUGCGGGUCUUCCACACCUACUCGGGCUGCCGUGGCCGGCUGCGCAAGGCGGAUCUCAAAGCCCUGGUCAACCGGGAGCUGCCCCAGUUCGUGCAGGAGAUCCGUGACCCCAACACCCUGGAGCGGCUCUUCAAGGACCUGGACGCAGACGGGGACAAGAGCAUUGACUUCCAGGAGUACACCACGCUCGUCGCCAUGGUGACCGCCGCCUGUCACACCUCCUUCCUCCAGGACCAGUAGCCCAUGGGGGGGCAAACCCCCUGCCUCAUCCCCGGCUCAAGCUGAACCAUGGCCACCUCCCCACCAUGUAAGGACUCUGGGGAAACUGAGGCACGGAGCUGGUGCUGGGAGACUCCUGGGCCCCAGGCCCCUCUGCUUUGACCACCCCACCCCUCUGCCACAGCCAGGGUGGAAGCCGGGUGUCUGGGGUCCCAGGCCCCCCUCCUCUAAACUCCCCCGGAGACCCCAUGUCCCACCCCAAGCUGGAGGCAACCCAGGCCUCCGGGCUCCCGCCGCGCAAACCUCUGCUGUAGCAGUGCAUAAAUAAACCAGGUCCUGGGGA